AUGCAUGCAAACAAGAGUUCUCCGGUACAAAGCAACAAGAAGGAUGCCGGCGGCGAGGAGGACAUCACCGUCGACCUGCAUCCAUUCAUCCGCGAAUACAAGGGCGGCCGUGUCGAGCGCUUCCUAAGCAGCUCAUACGUGGAAGUGUCGGAGGACGCGGCUGCCAACCGUGGCGUGGCGACCAAGGACGUUGUCGUCGACGAGAGCACCGGCGUGUCCGCACGCCUGUUUCUUCCGGCCGCCGCCGCCGCAACCGGCGAGAGGCUCCCCGUCAUCAUGUACGUCCACGGGGGAUCCUUCUGCACGGAGAGCGCGUUCUGCCGCACGUACCACAACUACGUCAGGUCCCUGGCGGCACGCGCCGGGGCGCUCGUCGUGUCCGUGGACUACCGUCUCGCGCCGGAGCAUCCCGUGCCUGCGGCCUACGACGAUGCAUGGGCGGCGCUUCAGUGGGUGGCGUCCCUUUCUGAUCCCUGGCUUUCCGACCACGCCGACCUCGGGCGCACCUUCCUCGCCGGCGACAGCGCUGGCGGCAACAUCGUGUACAACACGGCGGUACGUGCAGCUAGCGGUGGUGGCAAUGGCAACAACCACAUCGACGUCGAGGGGCUUGUCAUCGUGCACCCAUACUUUUGGGGCGUCGAGCGGCUGUCCAGCUCGGAGCUAGUCUGGGACGGCGUCGCCAUGUUUACGCCGGAGCUCAUCGACAGGCUCUGGCCGUUCGUUACGGCGGGCCGCCUCAACAAGAAUGAUCCCCGGGUCAACCCUCUUGACAAGGAGAUCACCUCGCUGACAUGCCAGCGUGUGCUGGUCGCCGUCGCCGAGAAGGACAGCUUGCGCGACCGCGGGCGCCGGCUGGCAGCUCGCAUGCGCGAGUGCUGCGCGUGGGCCGAUGAUGAUGAGAAGGCGGUGACAUUGGUGGAGUCGGAGGGCGAAGACCAUGGCUUCCACCUGUACAACCCACUGCGGGCGACCAGCAAGGUUCUCAUGGAGAGCAUAGUGCAGUUCAUCAACCAGCGCACCUCAUUGCCACUGCCGGCCGCUCUGCUGCCGGAGCUGCACGAGCUGCAUGCAUACGGUGGUAAGAAGAUGGACCCAUGCUGCUUGCCUAUUCUGGGCGUGCCUGCUCGGCCGUAUAUGGACGUGUUUGGUUAUGGGGUGGCCAUGAAAGCUUCGAGUGUCCCAAAAGGCAUGACACGUACUAGUUGCUUACACGGCGGACAGGGGAGAAGAGCAUCCAAAACUAGAUAUGGGUUAUCUUUGGGCUAUGCUAUCAGGCUUAAUAACAAGACCAACACGAGGUUCUCCUUAUCAGCAACAGCAACACCGGGGACUUGUGUUUCUCACAACUUCAUCUAG